AUGUCAUCGACGCAUAUAUUUAAUGUGGAAAUGACUUGUGAAGGAUGCUCUGGAGCUGUUGAAAGAGUACUUAACAGAUUAAAGGGUCAAGGUGUAGAAAAUAUAUCAAUAUCUUUACCAGAGCAAAAGGUUACUGUAACAUCUUCUCUUAGUUCAGACCAAUUACUAGAAGUCAUAAAAAAGACUGGGAAGAAGACUUCUUAUGUUGGUACACAA